CGCGUCACAGUGUAGAGAAAACAGGGCGGCCAAACCAGCCAACUCAAUUUAUCUCCACUUUAAAUAUGUCACCAAACCUGAAAAACCAGGUUUUGCAUUAACAUUUUUAAUUCAACUUCACAAAGUACGCGAUAAUAAUAGGUUGGUCUGUAUUGCACAGCUAUGCAUGCAACCAUUGUUCUAGAGGAAUAUGAACAGUGGCUAUACAGUGAAGUGUGAAUGUUUUCACAAGGGGGUGGUGGUCUAGUGCUCUCAUUUGUUUCUCUUCGUAAUCGCGGUGUUUCUGAGAGGCGCGUGGCCCAGAGCACCAAGUGCCGAGCGGCGUUCUCGGGCCUCGUGGAGACGCGGGCGCGGUGGCGGUGGCCUCCAGGGGGGAGGGGUCGCGAGCGCCCCCGCGUGGCCCCGCGCGGUGACUGCGGUCCACCCGAACGGCGGCGCAUGGCCACACGGGGCCCCCCUUGUGUGCUCACCCACCCCAGCGCCUGCUUCACAUGGGAUGCUUCGAGGGAAACUUGGAGAGGUGCGUGAGCAUCAUGCAGGCCGGCUCCACCAUGCUCAAGCUCAGACCCGGCUCUCGUGCCGUGGCCUGGCACAGCCUGGCCUGGCACCCCGUACCCCGCGUGUUCUACCUCGACGAGAGCCGACGAUGCAUCUGCUGGCACCCCUCACGCAAGCGCCACAAGGCCGCCAUUUGCAUCGACGCCGUACGGGAGGUGCGGCAGGGCUGGCCCGUCGGAGCGCCGUCCGGAGCCUUUCGUCCAGAAGUGUCGACAUUCGCUCCCUACGACUUCUCGGCCCCUCCGCCCGGAGGCCGUGGUGCCGGGGUGGACGCCGCACUCGGCCCGGUGGACGCCACGGUGGGCGGCCGUGGCGCUUUCGGGCAGCCCGACUCGACGUGCGUGCUCAGCGUUUUCUACGGAGCCGUCGACGGACCGCUGGUUCUGAUGACCGCUUGCCGAGAGCAGGCCUUGGCCUGGCGUGUGGGCCUCACCAUGAUCAUGGCCGGGAUGAAUUUGGGCUCACCAAGCAGUGGGCCGACGUUGCACUGCCAUCAACAGCUCCUGGUGCGCACGUUUGCCGCGGCCGACAGGAACGGCGACGGGCGCCUUGCGCUGGACGAGAUCCGCGCUCUGCUGAGCAGCCUGAAUCUGCGGCUGUCGCGGCAGCGCCUGCACGACCUCAUCCAGGCAACGGAUGUGGACAACGAUCGAGGGUUUUUAUCGUUUGUGGAAUUCUCGUCGUUCUACGCUCUGAUGUCGUCACGCCGCGACCUCCUCAUGCUGAUGAACAGACACGUUCACAAGACGCAGCCGUGGCAAUCGGACGCCAGUGGACAUUUUGAUCGUAAACCAUUGUGGAACGUCGGUGAUUUGGCCAGAUUCAUGACGGAAGAACAAAAGGUUCCCGGCGUAACGAGGGCAAUGUGCUUGGAGAUCAUCGACAGCAUGGAGCCAAAUGCGGAAAACAGACGGCACGGCUGCCUGAGCUUAGAAGGGUUGACCGCGUACCUGUGCGGCCCCGCAGGUGACGCGGUGGACCCGGCCCACGGCUCCGUGCACCAGGACAUGGGCCUGCCGCUGACGCGCUACUGCAUCGCCUCCUCGCACAACACCUACCUGACGGGCGACCAGGUGACGUCGCGGGCAUGCGCCGACUCGUACGCGAGCGUGCUGCGCGCCGGCUGCCGCUGCGUGGAAGUCGACAGCUGGGACGGCCCGGACGGCGAGCCAAUGGUCACGCACGGACGCACGCUCACGACGCGCAUCCCCUUCCAGGACGUCCUGCGGUGUAUCGGCGCCCACUCCUUCACCCACAACCCAUAUCCGGUCAUCGUCUCCCUGGAGAAUCACUGCAGUUUGGCUCAACAAGACAAAAUGGCCCAUUACUUGCAAAGCAUUCUGGGAGACCUGCUUCUGCUGCCCUCUGACCUUCCAACAGCUGAUGCACAGUGGCCCUCGCCACAGAGCCUCAUGGGAAAGAUUUUGCUGAAGGGUAAAAAGAUCUCGGUGACAACGCAGGGCGUGGACGACGAUGAGUCGGAGAGCGAGACGAGCGCAAACCAUGCCCAGGGUGGCGGUGCGGCUGGCGUGCGCCCCUGUGCCGACGAGGUGGCGGUGCACCGCGAGGGGCGUGCCACGGUGCGCCGAAGCCGCUCUCUCCUCGGUCUCCUGCCGAGGCGCAAGGCGCAGAACUGCCGCGAGAAAGCAAUCGGCAGCGACCGUGGGGACAAACUCCCGGGUUCUACCAAGCGCCCCGUGGCCUACACUGUCAGCUCCCCGUGCAAGCCGCGGGAGCCGCGACGGGAGCCACGGCGCGAGCCGAGCCCGCGCGCAGGGCCUCCCAUCCCGCGGGCCCGCACGCCGCGCCUGUCGCGCGCCCUCUCCGAGCUCACCGCGUGCUCGCGGGCUCGAGGAGCCAUCGACGUCGGCUCGCACGGGCCGCCACCCCGGUGGAGCGUGACGUCGUUUGCGGAGCGGCAGGCCUCCGCGCUGGCGUCGGAACACGCGCGGGAGCUGGCGGCGUUCACGAGCGCUCGCCUGGCCCGCGUCUACCCCUCAGCCCACCGCAUGUCCUCCAGCAACUACGACCCCGAGCCAUUCUGGAACGCGGGCACUCAGAUGGUCUCUCUCAACUACCAGACGGAGGGGCGGCCCAUGCAGCUCAAUCGAGCAAAAUUUGCAGCCAAUGGGAACUGUGGAUACGUCCUGAAGCCGGCUGAGAUGUGCACGGGCCACUUCAACCCUCUGAGCGACGAUCCCUACCGGGGCCGGGCUCGCACGUACCUCAGGGUGCGCGUCAUCAGCGGACAGCGGCUGCCCAAGCCCGCCGUCUCGCGGCUGCCCUCUAGAGACGAGAUCAUCGACCCCUACGUGGAGGUGGAGGUGGUGGGGCUGCCGGUUGACUCUGCGGUGCGGCGCACCAGGGUGGUGGACGAUAAUGGGUUUCAGCCACUGUGGGACGAGACCCUGGUGUUUAUCAUCCACAUGCCGGAGCUGGCCAUGGUGCGAUUCGUGGUUUGGGACGACGACCCCAUUGGGAGAAACUUCAUCGGACAGAAGACGAUCGCCCUGUCCAGCAUCCUGCCUGGUUACCGUCACGUGCGCUUGGAAAGCCUGAGCGAGGCGUCCAUCUUUGUUUACGUCACCGUUGAGCAGAUCCACGGCAAGGCGCGGCAGGCGUCUAACCUGAUGCGAGCUCUGGGGAGCAAAUCGAGGGAAUGCGGUGUGGGGGAUGCGCCUCGUCGGAAGCACGGCAUGAGAGCCACCCCCUGGACCUCUUCCAUGCAUCGUCUACCCUGGACCUCAACAGAUCACCCCUUGAGCGUGAACACACCUCGAUCCGGCUCUCAGCCAAGACAGAUUUCAUCUCAAUACGGAACCCAAGAGCAUUGAAUUCCAUCGGAUGUAACGGCAAUGCAUUCUUCCAAUUCCUCUCUUAUCCUCAAGUUUUUCGCAAGCACUAAUCAGCAAUGUGCAAAUGGAGCUUUGAACACAAAAAACCUUACCCGUGAUUAAAUAUCCAAGCAGUUAUCCACGAGGCCUUGUUGUAAUUGGUAGGGUUUAUGGAAAGUGGUUUUUAUUUAAUCAAGGGUUGUAAGAGGACUGGAAGAUACAUUUUUAUUUUAUGUAAUUUAUAAACGUUUUAACUUCGGAUUUUAAUUAAGUAUAUUAAAUUAUUGGAA